UACAGGGUAGCUUGAAUGUUCUACGUUAGUUUCCAGCAUUCGACUUGGUUGAGAUUCGUCCUUUUCCCAUUAAAAGAAGUCAUCUUAAGAUUCCGAUCGCUAACAUAUAUAUAUAUGGGUUUCCUGUCCUUUUUUAUGCCUGUAAAACUUCUGGUUUUAUCUAGCUACCUAAGGUGAUCUACAUAUCCAGAGGGAUGAUGAAGCUCAUGGAAGCAGAUCAUUCUGAGAAACAAGAAAGAAGAGAUCAAAUCGCGCUUGACAUUACACGAUUAGAGCCAGUUGAUGAAGACCUCACUACUUCCAUAAGAGAGAAAUUGGAGGCCAUUUCAUUUCCAUGCAGUAUAUACUAUGUCCCAGACAGGUUUUUGACCGGAGAAGAUUUCGACAAGUAUUAUUAUCCUCAGAUGGUCUCAAUCGGUCCCUUUCAUCAUAAUAAAAUUCAUUUACAACACAUGGAAAAACACAAAUGGGAGUAUCUAAAUGCCCUUCUAGGUCGAAAUCUUAACUUAGACUCCACUUUAGAAUCUUGUGUUAAGGUUGUAAAGGAAUUGGAGCCCAAAAUUAGAGCAUCUUACCAAGGGAAUCUUUCAAUCCAAAGCGACGAGUUCAUACGAAUGAUUCUUCUUGAUGCUUGUUUCAUCAUUGAGCUCUUCUUAAGGUAUGCUAUUAGAGGCUUAAGGAGGAGAGAUGACCCAUUGUUUAGAUCACCUGAAAAGUUUCAUACUUUGAGGAAUGACUUGAGCUUGUUAGAGAACCAAAUCCCAUUUUUCGUUCUUCAAAAGAUUUUUAAUGUUGUCCCAAUUCACAAGGAUGGUUAUAGUUCAAUUUCCGAGCUUAGUUUAAGGUUUUUCAAACCUUUAAUUCCCACAGAUGUACAAUUAUUACAAGAAAAAUAUAGCUUUGAAGGUAGCUAUCAUUUGCUUGAUUUGAUAUGGAAAUCUUACCUCCCUUCAUUUUCAAAAGUCCAUUUGGGUAAAAACACUGGCUUUGGCAGAAUUCUGCAAAGCGCGUCUGAAGUACAACAAUCAGGAAUCAAGGUAAAAGCAAUAGAAGCAGAGAGUAUUCUGGAUGUGAAAUUUGGUAAUGGAGUACUUUUCAUCCCAUGUAUGAACAUUCAUAGUUACAUGGCAGCUUUAUUUCGGAACCUCGUAGCAAUGGAACAUUGCCAUAGUGAGAAGAUGAAGCAUAUUACAUCCUAUGUCUUCCUAAUGAAAGGCUUAAUACAAUCACAGAAAGAUGUGAAAUUAUUUUAUCGACGACAUAUUAUCUUAAGCUAUGUUGGGAAAAAGGAUGACCUAGUCAAUCUGUUCAAGAAUAUGUGUGGAAAUGUAGACUUAGAUAAGUUUUAUUAUGAGGGGAUGUGGGAUCAACUUAAGGAUUAUGGAGGAACUAAAUGGGAGGUUUGGUUGUGCAAAAUGAAGCGCAAGUAUGGGUUGAUUCGUUGUAAAGUUUCAAGAGUUACGUUGGGAGUUUCAUUUUUAUUAGUUGUGUUGGUUGGAAUUUUGGUUGUAAUACUUUAUUUUUUUAUUUCUCGUCGCCAUCAUUAGACAUUGUCUAACAAAAUUACUUGAAUGCAUAAUAAACAGAUUUUAUGGGA